GGUCUGGGCGGGGCCGGGCCUGCACCCGGCCAAGCAAGAUGGCGGCCAUGGAUGUGGUGUCGGCACCUCUGACCCUAGAAUUGUUGCCCACCGAUACCCUGCUCCUCAUCUUAUCCUUCUUGGACUACCAGGACCUAAUCAAUUGUUGCUAUGUCAGUCGAAGACUUCACCAGCUCGCAAGCCAUGAUCCACUAUGGAGAAGACAUUGCAAAAAAUACUGGCUGAUAUCUGAGGAAGAGAAAGCACAGAAGAAUCAGUGCUGGAAAUCUCUCUUCAUUGAUACUUACUCUGAUGUAGGAAGAUACAUUGACCAUUAUGCUGCUAUUAAAAAGGCCUGGGCCGAUCUCAGGAAAUAUUUGGAGCCCAGACCUCCUCAGAUGGCUUUGUCUCUGCAAGGUGACUCCCCCACUGCUCCAGGAUCUCUGAUGCCACAAGAGAUACCCUGACAGGGGGGCAUCAUGAAAGGAGAACAGACCUCCAGGAACCUCAUACAGCCCUGGGAGAGUGCCCUGAUUUUCCCUUAAAUACCCCCAGCCUCUCUGAGAAUUUAAGGCAGCUUUUGGAGUUGUUCACCCGCUGCCUUCUCAGACCACUGGUCCUCUGAUAAUAAACGCUUAUUCUAUGACCAAA